AUGAAUUCCAAGGAGGCCUCUCAGGCAGAUGCCUACGCCGACGAUGAAGUCAGAUCGGACAGCAAGCAAAGCAUGAGGGGAACGGCGGCGGAUGCGCACGACAUGCAAGUGCUGGGAAAGACGCAGGAGCUUAACCGAAACUUUAGAUUCAUCUCGAUCCUGGGUUUUAGUUGUACUGCCAUGAGUACAUGGGAAAUCACACUUUCAUCGAGCACCUUCGGAUUGAUCAACGGAGGCCUUCCCGGCCUAGUAUGGGGUUAUUUUAUCGUCUGGGCAGGAUAUUUCACCGUGUUCAGCUCGAUCGCCGAGUUGUCUUCAAUGGCACCUACAUCUGGCGGUCAAUACCACUGGGUUUCCGAAUUGUCUCCAAGAGGAUGCCAGAAGUUUCUCAGUUACCUUAUCGGCUGGCUCAGUGUGCUCGGAUGGCAAACCGGUUUCGCCUCGAUCGCCUUCAUCGCGGGUACGCUCAUCCAAGGCCUGAUCGUUCUCAACAACCCAGACUACAUUUACGAGCGAUGGCAUGGUACUCUCCUGGUUAUCGCCAUUACCGCGUUCUCCAUCUUCUUCAACACCUUCCUCGCCAAAAGACUACCCCUUGUCGAAGGAUUGGUCUUGAUCCUUCACAUUAUCGGUUUCUUCGCAGUGUUGAUCCCUCUGUGGGUUCUAGCCCCUCUGAACUCGACGGAUGUCGUGUUCACAGAGUUUGUCAAUGUCGGCGGAUGGAGUUCGACCGGCUUGUCGGUCAUGGUUGGCAUGUUGACGACUGUGUACGGCAUGCUCGGUGCGGAUUCUGCAGUGCAUAUGUCCGAAGAAAUUCGAGAUGCAGGUAUCGUCCUACCAAGAGCCACCAUGUGGGCUUUGGCCAUUAACGGAUCAUUCGGUUUCAUCAUGAUGAUCACUUAUUGUUUCACUCUAGGUGACCCUCUGGCAGCGUUGGACACCGAAACAGGCUACCCUGUCAUUGCUGGCUUCUUCUAUGCCACCCGUUCACUUGGCGGUACAUCUGUCAUGAUCGCCAUCAUCAUUGUCAACACCACAUCCAGCUGUAUCUCAACAUUGGCAAGUGUCUCCAGACAGACCUGGUCAUUCGCUCGUGACGGCGGUCUUCCUUUCUCCAACUUCAUCGGCAGAGUCAAGCCAGGCUGGAACAUCCCUCUCAACGCAGUGUGCAUCACCUUCGUUUUCACCACGCUGUUGUCUCUUAUCAACAUCGGUUCGACCGUGGCAUUCAAUGCCAUCUGCUCCAUGGCCACCAACGCCCUGCUCUCCACCUACAUCAUCUCCAUCAGCUGUUUGGUGUUGCGACGAAUUCGUGGUCCGACCCUGCCUGACCGCCGAUGGUCCCUGGGUGUGAUGGGCCUGCCGAUCAACGUCGCCGCCUUGAUGUUCUUGACCUGGAUCUGGGUCUUCUGCUUCUUCCCUCAGACCACGCCCGUGACGGCUGCGAGUAUGAACUGGAACGUCGUCAUCAAUGCUGGUAUCAUGAUCGUGGCUGUCACUUAUUACUUUGUUCGCGGCAAGCACCACUACGUUGCACCUGUUGCGUUGGUCAAGCGAAGCGUGUAA